CGCGGCCUUCAUUCCUCUUGUGGAGGUGAGUGAGUCCUGGGAUCCCGCGACCUGUUUUAACUUUUAUGGCUUGGUCGUAGGAUCAGCGGGGCUCGCACUUCGGUCAGCAGGAAAAGACGCUGCGGCGAGCAGCGGAGGGCGGAGUUGAAUGGCUGGGCAGCUGAUUGCCUUACUGUAUCCGGAGCUGCUGCGUUCGGGGCGGUUCGGGAGUCCCCAGGUUGGAAGUGGACCUGAAUGGGGAGGCGUCUGAGGGUCUCCUGGGCUCUCAGCGGCCCGACCCGCCUUCCCCCACCUCCCACAGCUCUGUCGCUUCCUAGCGGUGUAACGUUGGCGAGCGCCUGGCUCUUUCUGAUUCCUGCAGGAAAGGAGGCUGUUCUUGGACUAUGUCUGACCCGUUUUUUAAGAAAGAGUGCAUCACUCAACAGGUGGCGUCUGGAGUUAUCCUCUGUGGAUUUUCCAGGAUCUCAGACAAGAUCGUGCAAUCUCCCAGCCUCCUUUCCUUCCCCUGCCCUGACUUCUGAAAGAAUGCUGCGGAGAGGAGGAAGGAGAGCAUCCUGGCUCCUGGCAGCAGAGCCCCACUGUGACAGGACCUAGCAUUCACCUUUCUCUUCUGUUCCGAGUGCGAGAAGAUGGAAUCUUGCUCUGUUGCCCAGGCUGGAGUGCAAUGGUACGAUCUCAGCUCACUGCAACCUCUGCCUCCUGGGUUCAAGCAAUUCUCCUGCCUCUGGCUUUACAGACUUCAGGGACCUCUGUUUCAUGGACAUUAUCAUAUUCUUCUCAGAGUACCCAGCAAGAGGUUUGCAAAGAGGAGUUAUUCAGUGAAGACGAGGUUUCACCAUCUUGGCUAGGCUGGUCUUGAAUUCCUGACCUCGUGAUCCACCCGCCUGGGCCUCCCAAAGUGCUGGGAUUACAUGCGUGAGCCACCGUGCCCAGCCUCAAAGAAUCAGAAUCAUACCCUGAGAGCUACAAGAACUCCAUUUUUCACUGUGCAGAGGCUCUCUGCUGAAGGGUCAAGUGGAAUCUGGAAUCCAGCCCAUGUUUCCCCAUCAUCAAGCCAUGUGAAGCUGCAGACUCCAAGCAACAGAGAGACAAGAUUUAGAAUACUGGCUCUGGUAUGAAAGCUGGAUUCAGGUACUGUUCCUGCCUCUUGACCUCACCAAGCCUCAGCUUCCUCGCCUGUUAAAUGGAUACAAUUGUCGUCAUCAUCAUUUGUUGAGAACUCCCUAAAAUGCCAGCUGAGCAUAGGCAUGGAAGUUUAGGUGUUUGGACCAAGGUCACACAACUGAUACAACAGUAGCUUCUUCACAGACUUGGCACUUCUCCAGAAGGAGGAGGACAAAAUGACGAAGUCUAAGGAGGCAGUGACAUUCAAGGACGUGGCUGUGGUCUUCUCUGAGGAGGAGCUGCAACUGCUGGACCUUGCCCAGAGGAAGCUGUACCGAGAUGUGAUGCUGGAGAACUUCAGGAAUGUGGUCUCAGUGGGGCAUCAGUCCACACCAGAUGGUCUACCACAGUUAGAGAGAGAAGAAAAGCUGUGGAUGAUGAAGAUGGCAACCCAGAGAGAGAACUCCUCAGGAGCCAAGAAUCUAAAAGAGAUGGAGACUCUUCAAGAAGUAGGAUUAAGGUACCUGCCUCAUGAAGAGCUUUUCUGCUCCCAGAUCUGGCAACAGAUUACAAGAGAGUUAAUCAAGUAUCAAGAUUCUGUGGUAAAUAUUCAAAGAACAGGCUGCCAGUUGGAAAAACGAGAUGAUUUGCACUAUAAAGAUGAGGGAUUCAGUAAUCAGAGUUCCCAUCUUCAAGUUCACAGAGUCCACACUGGUGAAAAACCCUACAAAGGAGAACAUUGUGUGAAAAGUUUCAGCUGGAGCCCUCAUCUUCAAAUUAACCAAAGGGCUCACGCAGGAGAGAAGCCCUACAAAUGUGAAAAAUGUGAUAAUGCCUUCCGUCGGUUUUCAAGUCUUCAAGCCCAUCAGAGAGUCCACAGUAGAGCAAAAUCAUACACAAAUGAUGCAAGUUACAGGAGUUUUAGUCAGAGGUCACAUCUUCACCAUCAUCAGAGAGUUCCCACUGGAGAGAAUCCAUACAAAUAUGAAGAGUGUGGGAGGAAUGUUGGGAAAAGCUCACAUUGUCAAGCUCCUCUGAUAGUUCAUACGGGAGAGAAACCCUAUAAAUGUGAGGAGUGUGGGGUGGGCUUCAGUCAGAGAUCAUAUCUUCAAGUUCAUCUGAAAGUUCAUGCUGGAAAGAAACCGUAUAAGUGUGAAGAGUGUGGGAAGAGCUUCAGUUGGCGUUCACGACUGCAGGCUCAUGAGCGAAUCCACACUGGCGAGAAACCAUACAAAUGCAAUGCAUGUGGCAAGAGCUUUAGUUACAGCUCACACCUUAACAUUCAUUGUAGAAUCCACACAGGAGAGAAACCCUAUAAGUGUGAGGAGUGUGGGAAAGGUUUCAGUGUGGGUUCACACCUUCAGGCCCAUCAGAUAAGCCACACUGGAGAGAAGCCAUACAAAUGUGAGGAGUGUGGGAAAGGCUUCUGCCGGGCCUCAAAUCUGCUGGACCAUCAAAGAGGCCAUACUGGAGAGAAACCGUAUCAGUGUGAUGCAUGUGGUAAGGGCUUCAGUCGUAGCUCAGAUUUUAACAUUCAUUUUAGAGUCCAUACAGGGGAAAAACCCUAUAAAUGUGAGGAGUGUGGCAAGGGCUUCAGCCAGGCCUCAAAUCUUCUGGCCCAUCAAAGAGGCCACACUGGAGAGAAACCCUACAAAUGUGGUACAUGUGGGAAGGGCUUCAGUCGGAGCUCAGAUCUUAAUGUACACUGUAGAAUCCACACAGGAGAGAAACCCUAUAAAUGCGAGAAGUGUGGUAAGGCCUUCAGUCAGUUCUCCAGCCUUCAGGUGCAUCAGAGAGUUCACACUGGAGAGAAACCAUAUCAGUGUGCAGAGUGUGGGAAGGGCUUCAGUGUAGGUUCACAGCUUCAAGCCCAUCAGAGGUGCCACACUGGAGAGAAACCCUAUCAAUGUGAGGAGUGUGGGAAGGGCUUCUGUCGGGCCUCAAAUUUUCUGGCACAUCGUGGAGUCCACACAGGAGAAAAACCAUACCGAUGUGAUGUGUGUGGUAAGCGCUUCAGACAGAGAUCCUACCUUCAAGCCCACCAGAGGGUCCACACAGGAGAGAGACCAUACAAAUGUGAGGAAUGUGGGAAAGUCUUCAGCUGGAGCUCAUACCUUCAAGCCCAUCAAAGAGUUCACACCGGAGAAAAACCAUACAAAUGUGAGGAGUGUGGGAAGGGCUUCAGUUGGAGCUCAAGUCUUAUCAUUCAUCAGCGAGUCCAUGCUGAUGAUGAGGGUGACAAGGACUUUCCUUCAUCAGAGGAUUCACACAGGAAAACUCGAUAAAAUAUGUUUUACUAUCUCAGAUGGGUGCUGAAAUAUUUUAAUAAUCAGAGCUAUCAUAGACAAAACAUUUGUUUUAUAGGGUCAGUAGUUCAGCCAAGUGACUGGGAGACCACACAGCAGAGAAGCCUCACAAGAGUGGAGACAUAUGGACUGCAUUCAGAACAUUGACCAUUAGCUGAUACAUGCAGACAAGAGGAUCAGGAAGGAUGAGUCUGAUCUGGAGUAAAUCAGAAGUACUAAGAUGGAAAUGCUGGAUUCUGUUCCACUAGAAUGUAAGAUCCAAGAGGGCAGGGACUUUGUUGACUGCCAAAUCUACUCUGCCUUUUCAGUGCCUAAUACGUUGUAAUUUUUCAGUAAUAUUUGAAAUUACUGUCAUAUUUGAAAUUCAGUAAUAUUUGACAUUUUUAUUUAUCUCUAGAAGCUUCUCUAAAAUUGUACUCAGAAGAAUUCUGCAAGGCUUGGAGGAUAUAUAAGUUAGUCAUAUGGCCUGAUUUUCCCAUUUUUGCAGAUCUCGUGGACAAGUGUUUAUCAAACUGAAGGUUGCAGCUUGUUAGUGGGUCCAGAAAUCAGUUUCUGGCUAGCAACUAGAAGUUUUGUAUGUUAACAGUACUUUAUUGAGGUGUAAUCUGCAUGCAGUAACAUGCACAAGUCUCAAGUUCAUGGCUUUCUGAAUUUUGACAAAUGUAAUGAUCAUCAAGAUCAAUGUAUACAAUAUGUCUAUUAAACCAAAAAGUUUUCUUGUGCCCAUUUCCAGUCAA